AUGAGUCUGGAUGAGGAUGCACGGUGGCUGGAGUGGGUCACCAAGCAGUUUGAGACCAUCGCUGGAGAUGACAAAGAAAUUGACCUGGAGGAGUUCAAAACGGCCCUCAAGGUCAAGGAGUCUUUCUUUGCGGAACGGUUCUUUGCGCUGUUUGACUCUGACGGUAGCAAAACCAUCAGUCUGGAUGAGCUGCUGAAGGCUCUGGACCUGCUGAUCCAUGGCAGCGAGACGGACAAGCUCCGCUUCCUCUUCCAGGUCUAUGACGUCGAUGGCAGUGGCUCGAUUGACCCAGACGAGCUGCGCACGGUGCUCAAGUCGUGCCUGCGCGAGAGCGCCAUCUCCCUGCCAGAGGAGAAGCUAGACGACCUGACCCUGGCUCUGUUCGAGUCGGCUGACAAGGACAACAGCGGCUCCAUCACCUUCGAGGAGCUCAAGGCCGAGCUGGAGAACUUCCCUGAGGUUAUGGAGAACCUCACCAUCAGCGCUGCCAACUGGCUGAAGCCUCCCGGCCUGGAGCAGAAGAAGGGGCGGCAUACCCCGCGCUACCUGACGCCGGCGUACUGGCACAACAACAGCCGAAAGCUCCUCUUUCUGUGCGCCUACACUUGCCUCAACCUGCUGCUGUUCAUCACCGCCAUGCUGAAGAACGCAGAGGGGGGAUUCUGGUACAUGGUGGCCAAGGGCUGCGGCCAGUGCCUCAACUUUAACUGUACCUUUGUCAUGGUGCUAAUGCUGCGGCGCUGUUUGACCUGGCUGCGGGCCACUUGGGUGGUGAGGGUGCUGCCUCUGGACCAGAACAUCCUGCUGCAUCAGAUGGUGGGCUACGCCAUUGUCACCUUCUCCACCAUGCACACCACUGCCCACUUCAUGAACUUUGUACACCUAUCUCAGAACAGCAGCUACAGCCUGUGGGAGCACCUUUUCACUACUCGGCCAGGGAUUGGCUGGGUGCAGGGCUCUGCAUCCCUCACCGGCAUGGUGCUACAGAUCAUGAUCUGUCUAAUGGUGGUCUGUUCCAGCACCUUUGUCCGCCGCAGCGGCCAUUUUGAGGUGUUCUACUGGUCCCACCUGUCCUAUGUGUGGGUGUGGGCUCUGCUGGUGGUGCACUGUGCCAACUUCUGGAAGUGGUUUGUGGUGCCUGGUGUGAUCUUCCUGCUGGAGAAACUAGUGGGCGUCGCUGUUUCUCACAUGGGAGGCCUCUACAUCGUGGAGGUCAAUAUGCUGCCAUCUAAGGUGACCCAUCUGGUAAUCAAGCGGCCCCAGUUUUUCCACUUCAAACCAGGGGAUUAUGUUUACAUCAACAUUCCAGACAUCGCUAAGUAUGAGUGGCACCCUUUCACCAUCAGCAGUGCCCCAGAGCAGCCAGAUACUCUGUGGUUGCAUAUCCGCUCCAUGGGCCAGUGGACCAAUCGUCUGUAUGAGUUCUUCAGGCAGCCAGACAGCCAGGUGGUCAGCACCAAGAGACUGAGCGCCAGCCUGAAGGACAGACGGCACCAGAGGAGGACCCAGAUCACAGCCAAGCUUAGUGAAAACCACAGGUUCUGCAACGUCAAAUGCUUCGUGGACGGGCCAUAUGGGACUCCGACGAGACAGAUCUUUGCCUCUGAACACGCUGUGUUAAUCGGUGCUGGUAUUGGGAUCACGCCUUUCGCCUCCAUCUUACAGAGCAUCAUGUACCACUAUCGCAUGAGGAAACAGAACUGCCCCAACUGCAGCUACUCGUGGUGUGAGAACAUCAAGGACAGUGAGAUGAAACUGAGGAAGGUUGACUUUAUCUGGAUCAACAGAGACCAGAAAUCAUUUGAGUGGUUCGUGAGCCUCCUGACCAAACUGGAGAUGGAUCAGGCUGACGAAGAGCCAGAGGGCCGCUUCUUGGAGAUGCACAUGUACAUGACCUCUGCCCUCAGCAAGAAUGACAUGAAGGCCAUCGGCCUGCAGAUGGCGCUAGACCUCCUGGCCAAGAAGGAAAAGAGGGAUUCCAUCACUGGCCUUCGCACCCGCACACAGCCAGGGAGGCCAGAGUGGGGGAAGGUGUUCCAGAAAGUGGCAGAGGAGAAGAAAGGGAAGGUUCAUGUGUUUUACUGUGGAGCCCCUGCACUGGCUAAACUCAUCAAGGCCCAGUGUGAGCACUUUGGAUUCAACUUCUACAAGGAGAACUUUUGAGGACUGUCCAACAUUUUUUCCUGACUGACAUCAGCACCCUCAACUAAAUCCACACACCUAUGUGCUGAUCUAUGUCAACAGUUUCUGUACCAUGCACGCUGGUUGUCCACAAGCACUAUCUCGUGCUGAAUCCGCACUAUGCCUUUACCAACCCAAGUGUGUGAAACCGACAAUCAGUAUGCUGCUAACAGCUUCGCUUCUUCCACUGUCCCUGUCCCCUUACUGGGCUCGAACCAGUGGUCCUCUGAAUUCAAACACACCGCCCUCCUUGAAAACAUACCAACUAGUUGUGCUAUAAAAAAGGAUCCGAUUCGAGAGAACCAUUGGCGGGCCUGCCCUUAAUGCUUGCCUUGGUCAAGAAGUAUAAUGUGGGCCUUUAUACUGUAUAUUCUAUCACAUUUAGUAUUCAAAUGGAUCUACCUUGCUUUAAACCAAAACAUAUUCCAAAGCACAAAUACUAAAUGGCAGACAUUGUGACAGAGAAUGAAAUUAUGUUCACCCCAUACACUUACAUAAUUAAUAGUUUAUGUACCCCUUAACCUGGAAUUGAACCAGGGUCUAUAGUGAAUCACUACGCCACUCGGAAGCAGUACUUGUAUUAGAUGUAUUGUAGUAGAUAUAUUUGAAGUUUCUGCUUAAAUCUUCAUGGAAGGUUGUUAAGAUACAAAAUACAGCAUAAUAUGCACCUUGGUGGAAGGGUUAAAUGGGUAACCCUAAGUAAUGUAGUGAUUGUUCUGCAUCCUGGGUAAGACCAGAAGAUGUCCAUUAUUAUAGGAAAUAUAGAACAUAUCAAACUUACGUUACAAUUUUAUAAAACGUAUAGCUAUUCAAUGUUAUGUAACUAAAGUGCCUUCAGAAAGUAUUCACACCCCUUGACCUUU